AUCACGAAGAGACACGUGAUAAACGCUCUGUCUGUGGCUCCUGACAGUCGCUGGAUAAGCUGAACACAGAAACCCGACUGCACCUCCUCUUCUACAGAGAUAACUGGAUUUUUUUUUUUCGUCCCGCGCUGCUCACCAACUCCUUCCACUCCCAUUUUAUACAUCCAGUUCUUCUUCAUUCAUACCGUGAGUCACAUUUGGAGGACACAAUAUUUCAGGCUGAUGCUGUGAUUCACUUGAAAGCAGAUCUUGAUCGUUUAAAGAGGAUUUUAUACUCGGGCUCUCCAACAGACACGGAAAUAUGGACGAUGCUGAUUGUUAGGAGCUUUUCGAAUCGUUUUCUCAUUUUCUUCGUGCAACUGUUUAGGGGUCCCGUGGAAGUAGAGGUCUACGCGGAAAGAGAGCAUCAACGCAGAGAAGUGCCUUGACAGGCAGUGUCUUAUGCUGAGCUUAUCAGCCAACGUGACUCCUUAUGGCAUUUUUCGGCUCUGCUAGCUAGGACUCCAGGUCAAAAGCCCUAAACAAGAAUUCCAGCGGCUUGCCAGAGAAAAUGCAGUUAAAUAUGAAAAUUAAAGUUGCAAUUUCAACUUUUCAUCAUUACAUUAAAUAGACGCUGUUUGUGUACCCAAGAGAUAUUUGAAUCACAUGCUCAAACUAAGCUAUGGCAGAGAGAACCUUUGAAGUGUUUAAACUGUUUGGGUGAGAACAGUGAGAUAUUAGGCCAGUGGCCUGGACAGAUUUAAGUAAUGCUGUCUGCUCCAGGAAGCAAGCAUUGGCUAAAUCAGUUGUCAAUUAAACCUGUGCUAACAUGUAAUCUUAUACCUUACAAUGCAGCAGUUCACACUUAUAAAUUUACCUAGGCAGUCAGUGCUACACCACACUUUUAUCACAGUUGGCCCAACAUACGUUUUUGCAUAACGUAAGAUACAUAUAUGUAAGUUCAUAAACUAUUACUCCUAACGACAAUCUACCAAGUUUGGAAUCGCACAAUGGUUGUACAAAAGCUUCACAGUGCCCAUUUCAUAUGGGUUGGAAUCCUCAUAUGUUGCUUCAUGGAAAUAGGCACCUGUCUAGAAUUUACAGGUACUGAGGGACAGUGGGCUAGGUUUCCAGUGUGGAAUGCCUGUUGUGAAAGUGAAAUGAGCUUCAGCAUGAAAACAAAGAGCUCCCACGGGGUUCUUGUUUACUUUGACGACGAGGGAUUUUGUGACUUUUUAGAACUUCUCCUAAUAAACGGCAAACUCAGCCUUCGCUACUCAAUCUUCUGCGCAGAGCCUGCAACUGUGGUGUCUGACACUGCGGUCAACGACAGCCAAUGGCACAACGUCACAAUUAGGAGAAGCUUUAAGAACACAACCCUUUCUGUGGAUGGCGAGAUAAAGUGGGUAGAAGUGAAGUCGAAAAGACGAGACAUGACUGUCUUCAGCCAUUUGUUCAUUGGUGGAAUACCGCCGGAGCUAAGGUCUGUGGCGUUGCGCUUGACGUCGGCAGUGGUUAAGGAUCAGCCACCUUUUGCAGGAUGGAUAACAGAUAUAAAGGUCAACAACACGGAGUCUGAAAUGAUCAACAGCGAGGGGGUCUUAAUGGAUGUCUGUGGGACAGCCAACAUGUGCUUAAACGGAGGAGUCUGCAGUUUAAUUAACAAUGAACCAACAUGUGACUGCACUCACACUGGCUUCCAAGGAAAGGACUGCAGUAAAGAAGACAACAAUACCGAAGUUCUGCAUAUUGCCAUGGCACAGCAGAGCAGCGAUGUAGCUUUCUGCUUUCACUUCCCAUAG